AUGCAUUUUUUCGGUACUUUCUUAUUGGUCAUCUGCGCUAUUUCCGCGAUCCAAGCUUGCCCAUCAUUUACAGGACCUCCGGGUCCUCCAGGUCCGCCAGGACGAGACGGGCGAAAAGGAAAUCCGGGGAGGAGAGGACAGAAAGGACCCGAAGGAGAGCUUGGAGAUCGUGGACCACAAGGACGGAUUGGAGUGCAAGGUGUUCCAGGUCCUCCGGGAGAUGCGGGGGAGCAGGGAGACA